UAUGUGCAGUAACGUUGUCCAAUGGUCCAUUGUGACUUUAUUUAUUUUAUAUUGUCCAUCUACUAGCCCCCUCUCGUUACUCCAAACCGACCACUCUCCCCUGGCUGCGGAGCUGAGCUCACGUGUGGCGUCGCACGCGCCGCGCCUACAGGACGCCAAGACAGAUGCCCGCCUGCCGCUGCCAUCGCCACAGGAGAUCGACGCCAUCAAACGAGUGGCACAGAUGCUCAUCAUGCUGGGAGGACAGGUACUUGGGUAAUUCCAAGCAUCAUCGGCGAGGCCCCAGCAAUGAGCACAACCCAGGCUGUGACUGAUGUUCCCCAUGACGCCGUUAAUAACUAACAUUGUAUAGUAUAGCUCCCCGGAUAUGGUGUAUUUUAAUAGCGACUUUUCCUAAUAAAUAUGCAAGCAGA